CGUGGGCAAGACGCGCGUAUCAACUUGCGAGUUGCGAUCGUCGUCUGCCGUCGACGCAUGCAGAGAUCGACCACAAACAUUCGCUGAUACAUCACCGUGACAAACAUAUUAUUAUUAUAGUAUAGGCGUUUGAAAAUUGUAAACGUGCGCGCUGAAUUUAAUAAUUGAUUCAUGAUCACGUCAUUUGGUUAACGGUGAGAACCUCCGUGCUAACGUCCAGACCUGACAAUUUAACUGGAAACUGUUUUUUUUGAAGAAUCUCUUUCAUAUUGUGGAACUCCGAACUGAUUAAUUUAAUGGAACUUUCCAAAAAAAUUACUCUCGAUUACGUCAUGUUCGUAACAGUUUUAAACACGCCUUAACUCCCCCAAGUUCGCUGGACGCCUGGACGCAUUCGUAUGAAAAGCGCGGCGGCAUUUGGAAUGUUUGGAUAGUCAAUAAUUAAAUAUUAACAGUUUGAUAAAACAAAAUAAUAAUAAUAUUCAUAUUAGAUUAGACGAUGCGCGCCCGAGAGGAUGAAAAAAAUGAAAUUAGUAAUCGCGCAAGUGUUCGAAGGGCAUAACGCAAAAAAAAACGUCGACGGCGUAGAUCGUAUAAGUGGCAGAGGAGGGCGGCCGCGGCCUGCGGCAUCGGCGACGGUGCGCCUGUGCCACGGGUCGAUUGUUGGCGGCGGUGUACGACGAGCGCCUCCCUCCCACGUCCCCCGCCCGUACGUUGCUACACGCUAGAGUGUACGGCGUGCGCGGCGGUGACGGACGACGACGACGACGAUCGUGACGGAGGCGGCGGCGGCAUGUUCGGUUGUGGUAGUGGUCGGUGGCGGUGAGGGCGCGGUGUUAGUCGGCGCGGCCGCCGUGUUCCUGUUUUGAUGACGCAGAAUUCCGUGCGCGCCGCCCGCACCCCACUCCGCCGUCAGACGUCAUUUGACGUGGCUGCUACGUAGCAUUCGCUCGGGCCAGUCGGAUCGCAGGACCAAGCUCUCGUACGACGUAACAUUGUGACUGCUGGACGUAACGGCGAUCCGAUCGUGUUAUGGACGGUAUGGUAGAAGAAAAUGGGACUGGCGGUUCAGUUGACGCCCUCGUCUCGCAGGGUACUGGCAGUCCUAUCGUUGUCACGUCGGUGCACUCAGUCAUCCAGGCAAACCAACAGUCAGUCAUCCAGACUGCAACGCAAGGCACCAUGCUCACCAAAGGCAAUGUUAUAUUGUUAAGCAAGCCGAAUUCAGUUAUACAAACCCCUCAAGGAAAUAUACAAACUCUUCAGGUAGUUGUCGAGGCUGGUAGUGAUGAAAGCUUAUCGGCAAACGAGGAUAGUCCCAAAAGAAUACGCCACGAUGCUUUAACGAGAAGGCCGUCUUAUCGGAAGAUCUUGAAUGAUAUCGCAGGCGGAAAAGUUGAAUCAUCCGGUUCAGAUUGUGAUUCAAAUCUUGACAGUGAAUUAUCUUCAAAUUCAUUGUCUGCUCAUUACCAGACUGUUCCUCCAGCAAUGCAGUUAAGUAGCCAAGGUGAAAUGCAUAAUAUACCAACAUUAACAAUGUCAAAUGCAACUUCCACUGGUGGUGGUACUAUAUUGCAGUAUGCGAGUCAGGAUGGACAAUUUUUUGUACCUGUUGUUACCCAAGGAGGGAGUUCCACUUUAAAUACAAGUUCUUUGGUACCUGAAGACCAAGUUAAAAAACGUGAAAUGAGGCUAUUAAAAAAUAGAGAAGCAGCAAGAGAAUGUAGACGAAAAAAGAAAGAGUAUAUUAAAUGCUUGGAAAACCGAGUAUCUGUAUUAGAAAAUCAGAAUAAAGCACUAAUUGAAGAGUUAAAAGCACUAAAAGAACUUUAUUGCCAAACAAAGACUGAAUAGAAAUAGUUUUUGAAUCUUCAAAUUUAAGAGAAAAAACAAAGUACCAGUCAUG